UACGUCAGCACCGACCGGAGUGCAGAGAGAGUGUGUGCAUCAGAUAUUCCCCCAUCAACGCUCAGCCAGCUACGCCCACCGAGUCAGGGCUGAAAUGGGUCGCUAAACACUCUCCUGUGAGACUGGGUGCAGUGAUUUUCCCCCGGACCUCCGAGUUUCCUCGGCAGCAUCCCGCCCGCUUUGAGAUGGGAUAUGGGAUUAUUCAUGUCGACCAAGAUCACAGGAAUUCUUGCGUUUGCCACCGUAUUCCUGUCUGUUAUAGUGCCAGGAGCCUCUGCAGAUGUGAAGUGUGAGAACAUUUAUAAAGACUUUUCUGAAUGUGUCCUGGAGCUGGGUGAGAGCAUGGACAACUACCAGGAGAACGUGACCAGUGAGAAGGGAGUGGCGGCUGUGUGCAGCCACUGGGAAGCUUUCCACACGUGUGCUCUCACAGCUCUCUCCGACUGUCAAGAGGAAGUCAGCUCCAUCUGGGAGACUCUGAGGCAGGACUCCAGGAAGAUCCGCUUCCAGGGAAGUCUGUUUGAUCUGUGCAGCCCCAGUUCCUCCUCAUGCAUAAGUCUGUCACUCGCUGCUCUCAUCCUGCCACUGGUCAUGAUGCUGGUCAUGACCGGGCCCUACUGGCUCCGUGUAUAGAUGAUGUGGGAGUGGGGCUGUGGUCUGUUGAGGAGGGUCCUGCAUCCCCCUGAGUUUCAGUCUGCUGAAACUUAAAGCCAAGGAUUUAAGAAGGACAAACGUUUUAAAGGAUUCGUUUUACAUAGAACCACAGAGCUUUGUGGUAGGACAAUCAAUAUCCGUCUUCAUGAAUAAUGUUUAAAUCCUCUAAAGUACUGAAGCUUUUUCCCAUCCUUUUUGUCUGGUUGAGUUGUAGGGAAAAAAUGUGUUUUCAUCCUGUCAGUCUUGGCAGAUUAAAACAUAUACUCUGCAGCAUUUAAGAGAUGUUUAAUUUAGUGCAUCCAAGUCUGGAGAGCUGAGUCUCCACCUGUGGCUCUGGGUUAGUAAUUCACAAGGGGCGAGCACAUUUCUGUCUCACAAAUACCAGUGCAAUUCAAAUGCAGUCCAACAUAGUCUGAAGGUUUAAUUGUGAAAGAUUUGACAUAUUUAAUCUGGUUAUAAUUGGUCGUUUUUGUGCUUUUCAGGGGUAGUUGAGGGUGGAUUUUGUUAAUUAGAUUCAAACUCAGAUUGUCUUUCCCCCCAUUUCUUUAGAAAGGUUAAAAUAAUCAUCCGCUACCUGCAGUGUCAUGUUUCAGGUCAGACUAGAUGGGCGUGAGUGAAUUAUAGGUGCUUGUGGUUUUUAAAGAUGUGUGUUUCAGUUGGACGUUUGUUUAGAGCCGCAACACAUGUUUUGUCAUUUUGAGAUGGGGCAGACUGGUCAUUCUUAAACCAAGAAAAUGUUAUGUUACGCGUCAUAAACAUCAAGUCUAAUUUAACCCAAGCCAUGAUUUUAUUUUGUUUCUUAAACCUAUGCAAGGGUGUUUGCUGCUGACACUGCAGUGUUGUUGUUAACAUGUUGCUAAAGUUCUCAUUAAACUUGUAUCAGGAUAAUUUAAAAAAAGAAGAGCACUCAAGAGAAAGGUUGUGUUUUUGCCUUGAAAGUAAAAGUUGAACAUUUACGUGCAUUUUGGCCACAAUGGUUGGUAUGAAAAAUCUUAAUGUAUUAACCUGUUUUAUAGAUUCAGGGGAAUUUAAGUGUUACUUUGGGAGAACAUUAAAGGUCAUUAAAAAGUAUUGCACAAUAUGCUACAUGCUGUGACACAAGCACCAUGUGGAGGUAUGCACAAAUUGCUCAUGUCUGUUACUGAUGUUACCCAAAUACCUUUAGUUCAAAACAGUCAAAUGUGAUGCGCUACUGCCACUCAAAUUCUUGCACAUUCAAAUUGCCUCUUUUCACUCCUUAGAUGAAUUUUGCAUGAGCUUAAAAGCUACAAAUCCAAGAAAUUGUUUUGCAGUGGCUGCGCAUAAGUCGGUGUUGAGCUGUAUCCAGUGUCAAAAUCUCGAGCUUAUAUGUAGUCAUCUCUUUUAACUGGUAUAAAAAUAAUAGAAUAGAUAUUUUUGGUAGAUUAUUCUCAGACAUGUACAUAGCAAACUGAAUACAAAGAUAAGUAAGGAGUAAUUAAGCAUGUUCAGGAAUGUUUAAUACACUUUACAAUCUUACUUAGCACAAGUGAUGUUUGCUUCAGGAUACAACCUUCUUUCCACCAGUGGGUGUCAUCAAUGGUGGAAACACUGUAGAAAGCCUAUAAAAAGACAUUAUGAUCUAGUUACAUAAGCAGAUUUCUAUAUAAAUAACUAAUUACAUAAAUAAAUUGUUAACAGUAUUCUAUUCUAUUAAUAAGUUUGUUUUCACACUCACAAGCAGUUGAUAGGAAAGUCUUUCAGAUUCAUAUAAGUAGUUUAUUUAUUUUAGUUCCUUUUGAAGAGUCAACUUAAAACCUACAACUUUUAUUUUGAAGGCAAGGUCUCCUGACCUUGUAUAAUUUUCAUUGUACAAGUUGGUGAAUGGAACAAGCUGUCGCGAAGAGGCACUGACCUGCAUUUCACAUCUUCAUUCACAACAACACAGGCAAAGUGGGAAUAACACUGAGCUGGGUCAACACGCAUUAGUGGACCAGGGAAAUUAUGCAACACCUGUCAAACUGACAAGUUUCACGUACGUGUUCCCGCUGUCACAGACAGUUCAUGUAGUGGCGGCAUCAAUUGUGAGAAUUGAAAAUUCAGCAGAACAGAUUAAACUGUACCCUUGAUAGUCUUCCAAAGCACCUCAAGCUUUGUUUAGCGAGACCUGGCAACAUGAAGAAAUGCCAAUGAUUUAUACGUAAUCUACAGAACAUACAUUUCACCUAACCAUAGACAUGAAUGAAAACAAAGGCUCAGUAAAAGAGCACAAGAAAUAUGAUCAAAGAAAGGAAAUGAGAUGGGUUUUCAGGAGGAAAGUAACAUGAAAUCCCAUCACCACCUCUCCAGACUUCUAAUGUGAACUUUUUUGCUUCUUAAAUCUGCAAAUGUGCUUAUAUGCAAUGUUUUUCAUUGCUAUGAUUAUGGGGGGGGAAAAAAAUAAGUUGUGUCCACGACCAUGAAUCAAGAAGAACUAUUGCCUAACUAUUUCACAAAUUCCCAUGAGAGAGUGUUGCAUGUAAUUUACCGACAGAUGAGCGAUCAAAAUGUUAAACUUCUCCUUUUAUUCGGAGAGACAGGGUGCAUCAAUACCCAACCACUUACCUUAAUCCCUACUUUGUAUUUAUACUGUACAGACAAAGUAUUGUGCUGAAAUCAUCACUUGCACAACUUAAAAAAAAGGAUUUAAAUACCACUUCAUCAAGGAUAAAAGCAAUAUCCCUGCAAACUUUUUGUAAGUUGUUAGAAAAAAACUUUGACAGUUUUGCUUCCUUACUAAUCAUCCCAAAGAACAAAGCAAACAUUUCUUUAACUGAACCACUUUAAGCACAGUGACCAAAUUACAUUUAGAGGUACUUUCGGUGAAAUUCCCCUUUUGUCUUACAUCAUAAUAAAUGUUGUCAAAUGACAAUCAACCACUUUGUACACCGUUUUUUUUUUUAAAUGUAUUUAUUUGUAUUCAUUUUGAACCAAGUUACACAUCAAUCUUCUGUGGUUGAUACUGCAUGGCUGGUACAAAGACACCAAAAAGAAAAAGACCUCUAUCUCACACACAACUCUCUUCAGAUUUCUCACCCGUGGAAGUGUUUGUGAGGAUUUCUGAAGCGUGAACGUUGAACAGUGUCUCAUGAAUUUCUGUCACAUAUUGUGAGAAAACACUCACCUGUUGUGAACAUGAUUUGGAGUUGCGCAGCUGUGGGUAGAGUUCAUGGGAAUGACAAAUCUGUUACAUGAUUGCAAAAGACCUAGCGUGCUGCAAAAGGACAGUUUAAUAACACGGAAGCUGUGCAACAGGAUUCAAACAGACCUGAAUGUGUUUUCACACAAAAAAGAUAAACGUUCAAAAACUUCAACAAGCAGUGGCAUGCAUUUUA